AUGGAAGAACUGGAUGAUCCCAUAACAAUAGAGGAAGUAGAAUCAGCUCUAAAACUUACAAAGAACAACAAAGCCCCAGGGCCUGAUGACAUUCCUAUUGAAACGAACAAAGGAGACCCCCUUGAGUGCAAAAACUACAGGGGUAUAUCCCUCAUGAGCCACAUUGGCAAACUAUAUGAAAGAAUUCUCGAAAGAAGACUGAGACAAAAAGCAGAGAGCCUGCUCAGUGAAAGCCAGCGUGGUUUUAGACCUGGCAGGGGACCAGUAGAUCAGAUAGCAGCACUGAGAAUUUUCCUAGAGAAGAGCUGGGAAUACUCCAUUGAACAGCACAUAUGUUUCCUUGACUUGGAAAAAGCGUUCAAUCGCAUACCGAGAGGAAAAAUGUGGAAAGUGAUAGGAGAAACCGGCAUUAGUAAUAGACUCCUUAAAGCUAUAAGAAGCACAUAUGAGAACCAGCGCAGUACUGUACUGGGAGGCACUACUUACUUUGAAACCAACACCAGUGUAUGCCAAGGAAGUGUUCUCUCUCCACUUCUGUUCAUUAUCUACUUUAACCAUACUAUACAAAAUAUAGAAAGGAAAGACUUCGAAAUCGAACGUUUUGGGUAUGCAGAUGACAUUGCACAAACCAGAAACAGCACACGAAAGCUACAAAGAGUUAUGACCCAGUGGGACCAAGAGCUGACUACAGCAGGAUUAAAACUCAGCUACAAGAAGACGGAAUAUAUGAGACCACUUUUCAUGACAUCUAGUCAUUGUGGCUCUGGGAUGAACGCGUUUUUGUUCAUUUUGUCUUGCUCUUUUGUUACUGGACAAAUUCGUUACUCUAUUCCGGAGGAAACGAAGAAAGGCUCUCUGAUUGGUAACGUAGCACAAGAUCUAGGACUGGAUUUAAAAAGGCUGCAAACGGGACGAGCCCGCAUCGCGACCGGAGAAAGCAUGCAGUAUUCAGAGCUAAAACCAGACAAAGGAACUCUAGUCGUGAAGGAGAGAAUAGACAGAGAAGAGCUUUGUGGCGACAUCACACCCUGCAGCUUCAGUUUCGAGAUAAUUCUCGACAAUCCGAUUGAACUGCAUCGUGUUACUGUCGAGGUCAUUGAUGUGAAUGACCACCCGCCGACAUUUCAGAAGGAGCAUUUAAAAUUUGAAAUCAGUGAAUCUGCCCUUAUAGGAUCGCGCUUUGUUCUGGAGAGUGCAGAUGAUCCUGAUGUAGAACAGAAUACUCUACAGAGUUAUUUUCUCACCCCAAAUGAUUAUUUUGUUUUAAAGGAACAUACCAAUCCGGAUGGCAGUAAAUACGCAGAAAUGGUGAUGCAGAAAGCUUUGGACCGAGAAGAGCAGCCAAAACUCUCUUUAAAGCUGGUUGCUGUUGAUGGUGGAAACCCACAGAGGUCUGGCACUGUUAAUAUAGAUGUUACAGUAUUAGAUGUAAAUGACAACGCCCCCGUUUUUAAUCAGACAGUGUACAGAGCUUCAGUGGUCGAGAACGCCUCAAAGGGGACAUAUAUAACAAAAGUUAAUGCAACCGACGCUGACAGCGGGUCAAAUGGCGAGAUUAUGUUUUAUUUUUCUAAACUUAAAGGAAAUGUUGCAGACGUUUUCAAUAUUGAUGAAGACUCAGGAAUAGUUUCCGUUCUAGGCCAGGUGGACUAUGAAAAAGACAAAAAAUAUGAAAUUAGAGUCGAGGCCAAAGAUCAAGGAGGGUUAACUGACUCCUGUAAGAUAAUAAUCGAGGUAAUGGAUGUCAAUGACAAUGCACCAAUAAUUACUAUCAUGUCAUUCAGCAGUUUUGUAUCAGAGGAUGCUCCUCCCGGAACUACUGUAGCAGUUAUCAAAAUUAAAGACUACGAUUCAGAUGUUAACGGACUAGUGAAGUGUGUAGUAAAUAAAGGGAUGCCUUUUGAAAUACGUUCUUCAAUAACAGACUAUUAUAAUUUAAUCAGUGAUGCCUAUUUUGAUCGUGAAACUAUCCCAGAAUAUAACAUUACCCUAACAGCCACCGAUUCUGGCUCGCCUCCUCUCUCAGGCUCUGCCACUUUACGUCUCAUCAUCUCUGAUGUUAAUGAUAAUGCCCCGUCGUUUGAUAUGCAAACAUACUCCGUUUAUGUUCCUGAGAAUAACUCUCCUGGGUUGUCUCUUUAUACUGUAAGUGCGAGAGACUCAGAUUGGCAUCAGAACGCUAGAGUUUCCUAUUUUCUAGUCGAGCAAGAAAUCGGUGGAACGUCGGUAUCCUCUUUAGUAUCCAUUAACGCGGAAACCGGGGUAUUACACGCACUGCACUCAUUCGAUUAUGAACAAGUGAAACGCCUCACGUUCUACAUUACAGCUCAAGAUGGCGGUUCCCCUCCUUUAACUAGCAAUGCCACGAUUCAUGUUCUAAUCCAAGACCAGAAUGACAACGCGCCUCAGAUUCUGUAUCCGGUCCAAACUGGUGGCUCUGUGGUGGCUGAAAUGGUGCCUCGUUCAGCAGAUGUGGGCUAUCUUGUCACUAAAGUGGUGGCUGUGGAUGUGGACUCUGGACAGAAUGCCUGGCUCUCAUAUAAACUGCACAAGGCGACAGACAGGGCGCUGUUUGAAGUAGGCUUACAGAAUGGAGAAAUAAGAACCGUGCGCCAAGUCACUGAUAAAGAUGCUGUGAAACAGAAACUCACUGUUGUAGUGGAGGACAACGGACAGCCCUCUCGUUCAGCUACAGUCAAUGUGAACGUGGCAGUGGCGGACACUUUCCCUGAAGUGCUCUCCGAGUUCACUGACUUUACGCACAAGGAAUACAACGACAACCUGACAUUUUAUCUAGUGCUGGCCUUGGCUGUGAUGGAGGCGUGA